AUGACUAUCAACCCUACCUACCUGGCGCAGCGCACGCGCUCCUCUGUCAACUGGGGCGAUGCGAAAUACCGAGUCCUGAAGUCGUACCGCGAAUGGCUCCGCGCGUCCCCGGAAAUCCAGACCAUGUACUCCCUGGGCAUGCCCGUAUCCGCCAUCCGCACGAAGAUCCGCCAGGAGUUCGAGAAGCACCGCUAUGUCAGCCAAUUGCCCGUUGUGGACGUGCUGUUGUACCAGAGCCAUGCCGAGUUCCAGGAGACCCUUAACUACUGGAAGCAGCUUUCUCAUGUUAUGAAGUACUUCCGCCCAGAAGAAGACCCUGGCGCGCGGCUACCCCGUAACUUCGUGUCUGGUUUCCUCGAGGGUCGCAAUUAA